AUGUCAAUUUUCACUGGACUCGGUCGUAUAUUUGAAAGAAACUCGAUAUAUGUUGGUACUAUCUUGUUUGGAGCUUUCGCUUUUGAAGGUUUUUUCGACAGUGCUAUAAACAGAUGGUGGGAUGCUCACAACCACGCUAAAUUGUGGUCUACCGUGAAACCUAAAUUCAUUGAAAAUGACGAGGACGAAGAAGAUGAUGAAUAG